CGGUAACGGCAACCAUGGCGGCCGCACGGCAGUUCUCUAGUCGUACGGUCCAGCGUGAGGACCCCACAGGCUCUUCGGACUCAUUGGUCACCACCCUGAACUCCGUGCCCACUGUGUCUCCAGUGUCUCCCGAGCCUGUCUCCCCGGGACAGGUCGCGGAGCCACCAGACAAAAACCUGUGGGAGCAGAUCUGUGAGGAAUAUGAAGCUGAGCUGCCUCAGUUUCCAGAAGGCUAUAUGAUCAGACAAGAAACUCCAGUUACUGUUUCACUAUUGGAGGAACUGGUUUCCCAUGACUUCAACACAGAACACUAUUUCCUAGCUUCCCAUUCCACCACCGCCUCAAAAGCACCUUGUCCUCCAAAUAAAUCUGAAACAGUUGAUCCAAAAACAUGUUCUCCUAGACAAUAUUUGGAAACGUUCAUCUUCCCAGUUCUGCUUCCUGGAAUGGCCAGCCUACUUCACCAAGCAAGACAAGAAAAGUGUUUUGAGAGGAAAAGAACCAAAUUCAUUGCCUGUGAUUUUCUGACUGAGUGGUUAUACAACCAAAAUCCAAAGAGGGCAGGGGAACCGUUCACAGAAUUCUUCUCCAUCCCAUGUGUGGAGGAAUGGCUAAUGCACAACCCGCGGCCACCAAUCCCACUCUCCCUCCUACUGACAGAAGAGGAAGCAGUGAUUAUCAUACAGUCCUUCUGGAGAGGCUAUCUGGUUCGCUGUGAUCCCGAGAUUCAAGAACUGCGUCAGUGGCAGAAGAAACUCCGGGAGGACAAGCACAUUCACCAGCGAGUGCAAAUGUUCUGGGCCAACCAAGAACAAAAAGUGAAAUGCAAAAUGGAGGACCAAGAGGAAUGGAACCCAGGGCCUUAUGGUGUGUGGUAGGGAAGAGUUCCACCACUGAGCUAUACACACCUUAGCUCAAACAAGACAUUUAAACCCAGAUGUCAGUCAUUAAGAGUUUUUGUUGUCUAGGUCCCACAGUAUUACAGAAAGUUCCUGCUUUUUUGGCUAAAUCAACUUAUGACUCUCAUUUGUUCUGCAGUUUGCAGUUAGGCAGGAUUCUCCCAUUCACAAUGCUGCAGAUGCGGCCAAAAGCCUAGGAGCAGGAUAGAGUUGUUUUGACAAGCUACCACACGUCUUAAGUAAAUAGUAAAGCCUUUAUUUUUUGUGUUAAGAACAGCAUUUUGAAAAUAAACCUAUCUGCUCAUGCUUAACAACCUUUUAAAUCUGUAAUAUUUAUGUACAGUCAUGUAUGGUACACAUUGAUUGUCUUGAAAUUUCUGAAUGAUUUUUUUAUAAGUAUGCAAGUCAGCCAGGGGAAGAUAAAGGUACAUUAUAAAACACACAUUAAUACAUUUAAUAAAUAUAUAUUAUCUAUCAAAAA